GACGUGGACACUCCUGGAACAGCUGCUGCUGUAGUUGAACAGAACGGGGUUCUAGUUUCUCAGUGAAGUAAAUCGGUUCUCUGCCAAGAUGAUCUCUCUCACUGACUCGCAGAAAAUCGGGAUGGGAUUAACAGGCUUCGGAGUGUUUUUCCUGUUCUUCGGAAUGAUUCUGUUUUUCGACAAAGCGCUCCUCGCUAUUGGAAACAUCCUGUUUGUGGUGGGCUUAGCGUUCGUCAUCGGCCUGGAGAGAACCUUCAGAUUCUUCUUCCAGAAGCACAAGAUGAAAGCCACCAGCUUCUUCCUCGGAGGGGUCUUCGUGGUGCUGAUCGGGUGGCCCAUCGUCGGAGUGGUUCUAGAGUUUUAUGGCUUUUUCCUUUUAUUCAGGGGUUUCUUCCCGGUGGUUAUCGGCUUCAUCAGACGGAUACCCGUCCUGGGCUCCUUGCUGAAUCUGCCCUUCAUUAGUGGGCCUUCGUAAGGCUGAGAGGACAAUCAGCGAACUUGUACGUGGACAAAGUGGGAGAGAGCAACAACAUGGUGUAAAGGAAACUGCACUCGUCUUUCUACUUAUUUAUGAUGGAUUUUCCUAAAAUAUUAUCAACUCCUAAACGGUUAAACCAAAUCUUUUUAAGAUCAUGUUAUGGAAGUGUUCCAUACACACGUCUUUCCAGUUAAAGGGAAGUGUCAGUGUUUUUUUUCCGACACAAAGCCAAAUGAACUGUGUGGGAAAUACAGAACAAGACAGCUCAUGGAGCUUGAUCUCAUGGUCUGACACAGCUUUACCCCAAAAAAUGUCCUAAAGCUCAUUGUAACCCUCUGCGUGUCAGAGGAGGGAAUGCUACGUGGGACGUGAUUAGUGUUCCUGACUGAUUUCUGAAGCAGAACCCGGAUUCUGUUACACUGACGGCUCUUUUGCAUUGCUGUGCCUUCGGUCCUGUUUGCGGAGUGAAGGGAGCUGCAUCGCUUUGUCAUGAAUGGCUUGUUCUUGCUGAGCUCGAGCAGAGGGUGCCCGACACGGCAGGUACAGCCCAAGUCUCCGAGCGAGCUGGUAUUUCGUCACUACUCCUUUUUAUAAGUUGAGCUGCUAUUGAGUGAUGGUUCAACUGCACAAACCUUUGUAAAUACUGAUUAAAAAAAAGAGACAACAACAAAAUCUUUGCGUGUUGAGUCUCACUUUGACAUCCGGAUGCCAUAAUGCAGGGGUGUCCAGUCUUAUCCACGAAGGGCUGGAGUGGCUGCAGGUUUUCACUCAAAACAAGCUG